AUGCUUUUCCAAGCCACCCUUUUUGCCGCCUUACUAGGCACCACGGUGGCCAGCAGCGGCUCCAACUCCAAAUGUCUAUCCUCCAACACGGUCGGGACUGCCAACUACCAGCUCUGCUGUCCUGAAGGCCAAGGCUCCGGAAAAGGAACUGUGGGUGACUCGGUCUUCGAAUUCGCCUGCGGUCAGUAUUACGCCGGCAAAAGUGGCUCCGGCACGCAGCACCGACAGGUGAACAGUGCGAAGGACUGCGCCCAGCUCUGUUCGAGUCCGGACUGUCCCGGAGCCUCCUGGCACAGCACCGGAAAGAAAUGCUUCGUGUUAGGCAGCGGAAACACAGACUACGCGCCCUACUCGCCGGCAAAGGAUUGGAUGGUUCUGACCAAGUCUGCGGAGACCCCUGAGGACCCCGACCCGGAGGAGGACUGCAAGGAGUUUAUCGAUGCAGCCAAGGAAACUGCCGCUGCGCAAUGUACCUCGGAGAAGGAGCAACAGAAGAAGGAGUGCGAGAGCAACAAGGCCAGCGCUCUCACCGAGGCCAAGGCUCAAUGCGAAGCCGAGAAGGCUCAACUCAAAGAGCAAGCCGCCACCGCGGCAAGCCAAUGUGAAACGGACAAGGCCGCUGCGCUGGAGCAGUGCACGGCCGAGAAGGAGCAGGUUCGUGGGGAGGAGAAAGCCAAGUGCGAAGCUGAGAAGGCUGAACUCACCAACGGCGCCACCGCCAGCGCAGAGCAAUGCGAGGCCGACAAGGCUGCGGCGCUCGCAGGCGCCAGCCAACAAUGUGCGACCGAGAAGGAGCAGCUUCGACAGGAGGGAGAAGCGCAGUGCAAGUCUGAGAAGGAGGCGGCCAGCUCUCAGUGCGACAAAGAGAAGAAUGAAAUUCGCCAGCAGGGCGACAGCAAGUUGCAGCAGUGCCAAGCUGAUAAAGACAGCGCUGUCGCCAAUGCCAACGCCCAAUGUGCCACGGAGAAGGAUCAGCUUCAGUUGCAAUGCAAGUCCGAGAAAGACGCCGCCGCCUCUCAAUGUGAGAAGGAGAAGAAUGAGAUCCGCCAGCAGGGAGAAAACCAGCUGCAGCAGUCCAAGUCCCAGUGUGAAGCCGAGAAGGCAGGCCUCCAGCAGAAGAUCAAGGAGUUGGAGGCAAAGGCCUCGUCGGUGGGCAGUGGCUUGGCUGGUGGUCAGUGGCUGUCGGUCGAUGAGAAGUGUCGCAGCAACAGCUGGAGAAGUCUCUGCGACGGCACCUGUUCUCAACGACAGUUUACCCUUGGGGGUGUGGAUUUCCAGGUCAAAUGUAAUGUCCGCACCAACGGGGCGGUUGAAGAGAUCUGGUGGUACCGCCAAUCGAUCCUGGAAUGUGCUGAAGCAUGUGCCUUGAAUCCCCGUUGCUUGGGAGUGGGAUGGAGGAGCUUCGGCGGUGAGCCUGAGAAGGGAGUCUGCCAUGCUAAUAUCAAAUGGGAUCAUAUUUACCAGCUCGUCAAUACUGCCUUCCCUCACUCCGGUGGUGAGCAUCUUAUCUACGCCAAGGGUCGCAUCACUCCGACGGGAGCUCCUGGCACCUGA